GGUUUUUCAGCAAACUGCCCCAAAAGCAGAGCUGUAGAGUAAGCCUUUGCCAGGGGAUAUGGCUUUUCUUUGCUCUCUCUCUCUUCCCUUUGCCCAUGGCGGUGUUGUUGAUUUAACCCUUUUCAAGCUUGAGCAUGAAGUGAAAGAAGUUUGAUUAUGUGUUUAUGAUGGUAAUGAUGCUUUUGACCACAGAAAGAGAUCAGAUAAAGCAAAGAGAGAAAAAAAAAGGAACAGAUGUUGUGCAUUCACAAUAAAGAGACUAUUACUUGCGAUUGUGAAUGAGAAAGAAAUAAAACUUGCAGGAAUUUUUGUUUCUCUCUUUGUCCCUUUUCACGCAUUUCAUGUGCAAGCCAGAUGUAAUGUUUCUCUGAAAGGAGCUUGCCAUUGCAGUGAUUUUGAGGGGUUAGUGUCUUCUCUUGCUGUUCUUUUUUUAUUUCUUUGUAAAGGGGUUUCAAAGAUGCCGAUGUUUCAGCCCUCUAAGAGGGAUGGGGUAGUUGGAUUCGAUGGUGGUGGAGAUGGGCAUAUUCUAGAUCUGGAUACUGCCGUUAAAGAUGGGGUUUUGGGUGGCGUUGAUGGUGGGGUUGUGGGAGCUGGAGUUGGUGAGAAAUUGGAUCUGAAGAAGAUGAUUGAAGAGCUAGACUUGUCUGAGGUUCCCUCUGUGUUUAUCUGCCCAAUCUCACUUGAGCCAAUGCAAGAUCCUGUGACCCGUUGUACCGGCCAAACAUAUGAGAGGUCUAACAUUCUCAAAUGGUUCAAUUUGGGGCACCUCACUUGCCCAACUACUAUGCAGGAGCUUUGGGAUGAUUCAAUAACGCCCAAUAGCACACUUUACCAUCUAACCUACACUUGGUUUUCUCAGAAGUAUCUGCUUAUGAAAAAGAGGUCGGAAGAUGUACAGGGCAGGGCUUCGGAGCUUCUCGAGACGCUGAAGAAGGUGAAGGGUCAAGCUAGGGUGCAAGCCCUUAAGGAGCUCCAGCAAGUUGUGGGAACCCAUGCCACAGCUAGGAAGACGGUGAUUGAUGAAGGUGGGAUUGCUCAAAUUUCAUCUUUACUUGGCCCAUUUACUUCCCAUGCGGUUGGUUCCGAAGCCAUUGCCAUACUUGCCAACCUGAGCCUUGAUUCGGAAUCUAAAACGAACUUGAUGCAGCCCGCGAAGAUUUCGAUAAUGGUGGACAUUUUGAAUGAGGGUUCCAUAGAGACGAAAAUCAAUUGUACAAGGUUGAUUGAAACGCUGAUGGAAGAGAAGGAUUUUAGGUCGGAAAUCGUUUCUAGCCAUAGUCUACUGGUUGGAUUGAUGAGGUUGGUGAAAGAUAAGAGACAUAAAAAUGGAAUCUUGUCCGGACUUAGCCUCCUCAGAACUAUAUGUUUGCAUAAGGAAGUAAGAGGUUUGAUUGUGAGAAUUGGAGCUGUUUCUCAAUUGGUUGAAUUGUUGCCUGCUUUGGAUCCGGAAUGCUUGGAAUUAGCCCUUUUCAUCUUGGACGCUUUGUCAUCUCUUCAAGAGGGAAGAUUAGCUUUGAAAGACUGUUCGAACACAAUACCGAAUAUGGUGAGGCUUCUAAUGAGAAUUUCAGAGAGCUGCACCCAAUAUGCACUGUCAAUCUUGUGGUCUGUCUGCAAACUUGCGCCGGAGGAAUGCUCGUCGGUUGCUGUGGAAGCUGGUCUUGCGGCAAAGCUCCUCCUUGUCAUCCAGAGUGGUUGCAGUUCCGUGUUGAAGCAACGGUCUGCGGAGCUUUUGAAGUUGUGCAGUCUAAAUUAUAGCGAUACCAUAUUCAUUUCCAAGUGCAAGCUCACAAGAACAAUUCAAUGAUUGGAAAAAAGUUUAUAUGGGUUUUGAGCACCACCGCUUGUUGUCUGGGAUAACCAAAAUGAUGACCUGCCUGAUCUAAUACGAAGAAUUUCAGGUAAACCCAAUUGAAUAGGGGUUUUUUUGGGGUACAAAUCAGCUCUCCUGUACAUACUUAAAAAAGUAUUUUCGUUCCAACAAUUCAUUCAACAUUCAUGAAGAAGAAUCAUAAUGUGACAUCACACCAUGGUUGCUGUGGCAGAAUCAUGUCCAUCUUUAUUUGCUGAUAUGCCCGUGGUAAUGUUUUUCUAAAUAAAUCCUGGCGAGAAAGAAGAACGGUUUAGUUGUUGUUGGAUAAAGAUACUUGUUAGGAGGGGAAUUUACGGGGGCAAAAAAAAAAUUGGAGCUUGCAAUUGCAAUUGUAAUUGUUAAGUCAUUGCUUUGCUCCAUUGUUCUAGUGUAAACUCUAUUUGUCCUUUGGGGUUCAAAAGCCUCCUAUUAUCCUUGUUGAUUUUAGUGAAAAUUUUGCUAUUGACCCCCCACAAUUGUAAAAAAACUGCAGGGCCUUUGCGCUUUGUCCAUCGAAAAUUUCCAUUCAAUGUGUAAAACGAAAUCAACCAUUUUCACUUUCCAUGUCUUUCUGCUUCUUAUACAUUGCACCUUGUUUUCAGCAAUAAUGUUGUUAUGUCUGUCAAUCUAUCUUUUCUAAUUGAUUGGUAUUCUUCUUUUGCUUGUAAUAAUAAUAAUAAUAACAAUAAUUUCAUUUUCCA